AUGGCUUCGUGGAAUCCUGAGCAACAGAACGUCACUUUCCUGGGUAAGGACAAACAACCAAUUACGAUUUCUCUUCCGUCGCUGGAUCAAUUCUUCCAGUACAACAUCAAGAGAUGUAUCGACUAUGGAUCCCAACUGGGUGCAACAGUUGUACUAUUUGUGAUUAUGGUCCUUCUCACUCGUCGUGAUAAACGUCGCUCGGUCAUCUUCAUUCUCAAUUCCCUGGCUCUGAUCUUCAACUUUCUUCGUCUGCUAUUUCAGGCCAAUUACUACACAACCGGGUUUGAAAGGGUCUAUGCAUUUGUCUCAGGUGAUUAUUCCGAGGUCGAAACUAGUGCUUAUGCGCUGUCAGUCGUCGCUGUCAUCUUUGAGAGCCUUACCGUCAUAUGUUUCGAAUGUUCGCUUGUCUUCCAAGUCCACGUGAUCUGCGCAACCCUGCGCCGUCGACACCGACAGAUCCUGUUUGUGUUUUCUAUCGUGAUGGCCCUGGUCCCCAUUGGAUUCCGCGCGGGGUGGAUGGUCAUGAACUGCAUUGAGAUCGUCAAUGUUUCGUCCUUCGCUGACAUCCAUUGGCUGGAAAGCGCCACAACAAUUGUCAUCACCAUCAGCAUCUGCUUUUUUUGCACAGUGUUUGUCACAAAGCUGGGCUUUGCGAUCCGACAACGACGCCGGCUCGGGGUCCGAGACUUCGGCCCCAUGAAAGCCAUCUUCAUCUGUGGAUGCCAGACCCUGAUUGUCCCUACUAUCUGCACUAUCAUCCAAUACUUUGUGUUACUCCCUGGACUCUCUAGCAUGGUUUUUACUCUCGUUACAAUAUCCCUUCCACUCUCGUCUCUCUGGGCUGGCGCUACCCUCGAACCUCGCCGUGGCGACUCCGUAACUCCUCAAAAUCGGAACUUGUGGCAGGCACUUGCCUUCUAUGGAAAGAGUCCUACCCAAAGCAAGCAAACAGCAACCGAAAUGACUGGCAGCACCGUCGGACAGACUCUUUGCUACGGAAAUCCAAUUCGAUCCAAGUAUUCAGAAUCCUCCGAUGCCCCUCUCGGUAUCUGUGUGGAACAUGAUAUCUCCAUCAGCAGCAUGCAUCAAAGCGACUCCCCUGUGUAA